CAAAUCAUUAGAAUUAACACAUCUAUGAGGCACAUCAGUCACCUGCAGACUUCACAGAAGUUUCCGUCGGGGCUCGAAGUGUUGUGCACUCUUAUUUAGGACUCUUGUGUGGGUUGUUAAACAAACCUCAUUUUCUCUACAAAGAAUGUUGUUUUCUAGUGAUGAAGAGAAAUGUUAUAUUACUAUGAUUGAAAAAAGAACUUCCAAAUAUGAGGAAAAGGAUCAUUUUUCGGACAUCGUUCUGCUGGUAGAAAACAAAAAGCUUCACGUCAAUAAAACUCUGCUAAUGAUGCAUUCACCUGUGUUCAUGACCAUGUUCACAGCCAGGUUCAUUGAAAAGGAUUUAUCAGAGAUUCCACUUCCAGGAAAGAAAGUGAAUUUAAUGGUGGAGCUAUUGGACCAAAUCCAUCCCGGGUACACUAAUGAAAAAUUUCACGCUGAAACUCUACGUGAACUUCUUCAACUCGCCGAUGAGUAUGGUGUGCAGCAGGUCUUUCACAACUGCCGAGCAUACUUCGACAGACGCAUAAAUUGCAAGCAUCAAGCCAUGAAGAUUGAUGAAAUUUUACUCUUCCUUGGGAUAGUAGAAGAGUGGAGCAACGAAUACGAUCAACUAAGUUCGUUUAGAUCGACUCUAAUUGAAAGGGCAAGUAAAGUAGGAACGUGUCAUUUGAAAAAAAGCAAAUAUUUUUCUUCUGUAUCUACUACAGCGCAAAGAGACAUUUUCAUGUGUCGUCUUGAGACAGCCGAAAGGAAAUAUAAACUAAAGAUCUAGAGUUAAACAAUUGACUAGUAUGAUUGAAACUACUGAUGGCUUUUCAUUGUAAUCCUUUGUGAUGAGCCUUUGUGUCAGACACAUCUUAUAAACACCCACAUAAGAUUUUCUGUGAAACAUUUAGGACGAUUCAGAGUUCUGUGAGUCCAUCUGAGGAUUCAUUACGAUUACUUUUGUAACAAGAGCAUAAAAUGUAUCGAUAGAUCAUUACUAAUAUUCAUCAA